AUGUAAAAUAUAUUAUUACCUUAUACUAAGGAACUUCAAAGUAAAUUAGAUUUAUAUGCUUAGGACUCGAAAACUGCCUAGAGGGAAGUUAGGAUGGUGGAGUAUAUUUGAAUCCAUUGUAAGGUAUGAAAAUUGUUAUUAUGAAGAGUAAAUGCAAAGAGCAAAAUAGAAUGUGUUAAAAUUGGAAUCCAUUCAUGAGAACAAAAAGAAAUUAUAAGCUGAUUAUAGUGCAAAACUAUAAAAGCUAAAUAAUAAACUGUCCUCAUCAAUGGAACAGAGUUUGAAAAAAAAGGAAACUUAAUUGAUUGCAUUAUCAAAUAAGUUAAAGAAAAAGAAUAUCAAAAGGAAGCCGAGAAAGAUGUCAGUAUAAGAUGAAAUCAAAGAAAUCAAAGAGGAAGGAACAGCAAAAGUAGAAUUAGUGGAGUAAGUUCCAUAGAAAAUUUAAUAAAAAAAAGAAGUUACUAUUUAAGAAACACAAACAAUGAAAUUGGCGGAGCCUAAGCAUUUAGAUGAGGUACUUCUGCAUUAAUCUAUGUUAUAGUUUGAAUUUUUUAAGAAAUUAAAUAAAAGUAUAGAUGCUGCAUCACAAAGAAAGUCUUAACGUUUAGAUAAUAUUAAAUAACGAUUACAUGGCUAAGAUGAAAUAGUACAAAAUUUUGAUUUAUAAUAGAUUCACUAACAUCUUGAGAAGUCAAAUAAGACUAAAGAAGAGCAAGAAUAAAAUAGGCUGACCUAGAUUUAUAACAAACUUUUAAAUUUGACAUAAAAAGAAUAAUAGAAGAAAUCAAAGAACAAAAUAAAAUAGAAAAAGAAAUCUUUGCAAAUAAACAUGUCCAGCAGUGAAUCUAAUAAAUAUAACAACACAUUUAGAUAUGAAGAAUAGAGGUCAGAACCAAAUAGAACUGUUAGAUCUAUCACUUAAGAUAUUAAAUUUAUUAACGUAAAAUAACGAUUAGAGAAACUAUAAAAUGAAAGAGAAUAGUAAGUAAAAACAAUAUUGGAUAAGCAUUAAUAAUAUUCUUAUAGGCUUCAAUAAAAUAAAUAAAUAUUAGAUGAAUUAUCUAAUACGUGUUAAUAUUAUAAUUUUAAGAUAAAAGAAUAAUAUUUGUUAUGA